UUUGGGCUGAAGAGGAAGCUGAAGCAGGCGGAGAGGGAGGCGGAGGUGAUAGUGAAGGAAGGGUUCGAGGCGGCGGAGAAGGGCAUCGAAACGGCGGAGAAGGGUCUCGAAACGGCGGAGAAGGGGCUGGAAACAGCAGAGCGAGGGAUCGAAACGGCGGAGAAAGGGGUGGAGGCGGCGGUGAGCUUUGGCGGGCUAGCGCAGGCUGGAGCGGUGGCGGGAGCGGAGGUUGUGGGGAUUUUGGUGGCGACUUCGGUCGUGAAUGGGAUUUUGGGGCCAGAGAGUUAGUUAGAAAUCGUGAGCUUGUUGUAACCUUAAUUUAUAGUGCUGAUUAGCUGCGUGGCUCUGUAAAAUUUAAAUCCAGUUUAAUUUAUAUCAUCGAGUUUUUAAUUAUAUACAUGAAAUUUUUUGAGAA